UCUUCUACUCUCUUUCUCAGUCUCUGAGACUCCCAGUUCACAGCCCAUCGUCAUUUCUCUCUGCCUCGUCUUCCUCUCUUUAUGUUAAACACAAAUAAAUGACACCAAAUAGCAAAACUUAAAAUAUUUAUUUAACCCUCCAAUGUCGGCGAACGAGCAAGCCCUAUCGCUCCUCGGGCAGCUCGCUUUCUCCUUUGACGGUGCCGUUUUGGGAGUGGCCUUGGCUUACGUGGCCGUGCGUUCCGUGCUCAAGUACACCUCUACCUCAUCAGCUCUCCGCAAGCUCCGCAAAGCCCCUUCCGUCAGUGUCUCUGAUCUUCGCACGGUCCUCAACGCCCCUGAAACUUCUAACGAAUCUCAAUCCUCUGAUGGGAAGCUACUCAUCGUCCGUGGAACCGUCGAAGCCAAAUCGGCCAUCGAAUUGAACUGGAAAUGCCUCAAACCUAACGUCUUGGUCUCUCAAGAAUCCGGCGACAGAGCCGUUCUCAUUGAGAGAACCCAAACGUGUAUAUACAAUGAAUGGAAGGGUUUUCUUGGAUUUACUUCUGAUCUGCGCGCCUUACUUGCAAAGUCCAGAAGAAGACGUGAAGCCACCUCAUUAAGAACGGUUCCUUUUAUUCUCGUUGAAGGUGGUCAGUGGCCUCAUAAUGAUGCACUUGUUGUGAACUUGGAUGGUUCACAACAUCCAUUGCCUCUUAUUACAGUUUAUCAUCGAUUGCAGCCUGUCAAUGCUUCUCCUUAUACAUUUCUGCAGGCACUUUUUGGUCAUGAAUACCCAGUUGGUCUACUUGAUGAAGAGAAAAUUCUACCACUGGGAAAGGAUAUCACUGCUGUUGGGGUUUGCAGGUUCAAGGAUGGGCUUCCCGAGAUUAAGUCAUGCGAUGAUCUUCCUUAUUUUCUAAUUGACAUGACCAAGGAUCAGAUGGUUCAAGGUCUUUCCUUCAAUUGUAAAUUUCUGUUGAUCGGUGGCUUUAUUCUUGGUUCACUCUCGCUUGGAAUCCUUGGAUAUGCCGCUGUCAGGAACUGGAAUAGAUGGAAAGAGUGGAAGCGACAAAGGCAAGCUCGGCAGCAGGAAAGUAGUGCUGCAAGCAAUGAUACCUCUGAAAUUCAUACGGAGGAGGAGACAGCAGAUGUUCCAGAUGGAGAGCUGUGUGUUAUCUGUUUGAUGAGGAGAAGGCGAUCUGCAUUUGUUCCAUGCGGGCAUCGAGUGUGCUGCCAGUUCUGUGCCAUAUCAAUUGUGCGAGAAGGAAGUCCAAGGUGUCCUGUUUGUCGUCAGGAAAUCCGAUUUAAACACAACAAAUUUUUCUGUCGGCAAAGGAUAUGGGAAAUAUCGUUUAGCAACACAUGAUUAUGAUGAGGAUUGGUUUUUUGUUUUAUAAGAAAUAGAGGUCCAGCCCAUUAUUCUCAAGGAAGAGGACGGCACCAGCAGCAGAGGAAUUUUUUGAUAUUUGGGAGCAGUGGUGAUUAAUACUAAGAGUUUGAUUGUCCUUUCCUCAUUUAUGUCCUAAUAUUUUUGUACUAACGUUGAGGAUGAAAACCUAUUUGCUUUAGGGAUUUUCUUUCUAUUAA